AUGGCGCGCCGCCUCUCCAUCCUCGCCUUCGACGAGGCGGUUCUCACUUCUCUCCUUUCGCGUAGAUGUCUGGGUGGUCCUUUUCCAAGUUUCACGCUUCAGGUCCAACCGAAUAGACAUGGGAGACGACUGCGGGAGGCGUUUUUUCUGUCGCGCGGAGAAACUCGUGGACAGGCGGGAAACACUUACAGGGAGGGAGAAACUGAGGAGCUGCAGACGAUCCGUGAGGGGAGGGAACCGAUCGCGAAAAAGACGAGACGUGAGAGAGGAGACACAAAGAACCGAGGUUUUCAGGGAAACAGAGACGCAUCGAGCAAAAGUGAGGACGAUCGAUGCAAGCAUGCGUCCGCGAUCGCACGUGCAGGAAGACUCGAGCGGUGUUGUCCCCGCCGCAGUCGACUCAGACAGAUCACGCUAAAUGAGGGAACAGACGCCUUUUUCUUCUUUGCUUCAAUCAAACAACAUAUCCCCUGA